AAGCAGGAAGUGUCAACGCAAACAACAUCUAGCUUGUCGUUAGUUUAGAACCCUACGUGCAGCGUGUCUUUCUGUUUGUUUUUUUUAUUUUUAUUAUUAUUUUAUUAUUACUGGUCAUUAUACUCCUAGGGUUAUUAUUCCGUGAUUUUAUAUGUUAGUUAGAUUGGAUAGGGAGAGACAUUAGCAGUCUAAUAGUCUGAAGAACCACGUACGCUGGAAAUGAGACCUGCAAGUUUGUUCGUCUUUGCACUUACGUUGGCCUCGCCAGCAUCUCCAAACUUUGUGGGUUUAACUGUGAGCAUCGGCAGUACUGUCACUCUCCCCUGCGAUGGGGCCCCCGACAGGGAGGUGCAGUGGUAUUUUAAACAGCCUGACCAUGACAGGAUGCUCGUGGCCGAACUCCACACCAGACCCUUUUCCCCAGGAAGCGGCUUCCAGGGACGGGUGAAAUCCUUCCACCGAAAAGAGCCAGGAAACUACAGCCUCCUCCUCAGUCCUGUGGUGUACAGUGACCACGGCAUUUAUGAAUGCUGUUACAAGAAUGAGACUAAUACCGCUCUUGAAGAUGUGAAUCUAAAAGUUUUACUCCCAUCACUUGUUUCCGUAGAGAUGGGAAUGCCCGCCACUCUUCCUUGCUUUGGGAACAUUGAUAAACGAGCGGAUGCUGGUGAUCUGGAUAUCCUCUGGACGAGAGGUAGACAGAAAGUCUACCAUCUCCAUAAGAACACCAUCUCUUAUGGGCUCGGGUUCGAGAACAGAGUCUCGCUUUCCCCAGAACAAGCCCUCCUUGGAAACCUGUCUUUAACCAUCAAACAGACACAGUCUUCAGAUGAAGGCGACUACCAGUGCACCUACAGCAAUGAAACGGAGAAGGUGGAACCAGAUUCUGCCACACUCACUUUUGCAGCUUCUACGGGAUUCUCUGCUGGAGCAGUGGCUGGGAUAGUGGUGGGAGUGAUUGUGUUGGUGCUGAUUCUGGUUGGCAGUGCCUUUGCAAUCUGGAAGUGCCUUAACAACCGAAAGCAAGCAGAGCCUGCAGUCCAUUACCAAGCUGCCAGGGCUGAAGAUCAGAACGACUCCAACAGCAGAGCAGCACGCCUUCUGAUUCCUGACGGCCCUGAACCCUCUCUCUCUGUGUCCGAGACCCAGCCCGCUCUCCCCGAACCCCAUCUCCCCGUGUCCGAAAAGGAUCCUUCAUUCCUCGAACUCCAUCUCCCUGAGCCCGAAACGGAGCAGAUUGAAGUGCAGGAGAAAAUGCCUAAGAGUGUGGAGCUGCUAUGAUAAUACUCUGUACCUGCGGGGGAAUCUGCGGUUCUGAAUUUUAUUGGAUCGGACACGAAAAGGGAGAGGGACAGAGUGGGAGGGACAGACUUUGGGCGAUGGCAUUACGUCCAGACCAGCCCCCCCCCCCCCUCCCCCCCGCCCCAACCACUGUGAAAUUAAUCAGUUGCCACUUUGACAAAUUGGACUUUUUGUAACCAGCUCCAAACUUGGAAGCUGUUUUGGAGCACGUCUCAUUGAACCUACUAAACUAAUUUUCCAACACUUCACUUAAGCUUUAGGUCUUUGGUCUCCACCAUUCCACAAAAAGGGCAGUUACCAAAAUCUUCUGGAUUCAUCACAGCAUUAACAGCACUACCUCUACAUGGGAUUCUGCACUGGAGAUCACCUGAUGCUUUAUAACAAAACAUUCACACUAAGGCAGUCAUAUUUCAAAUUAAAAUGCUAAUUGGAAAUUGCAUGUCAUUUUCAUUCGAUGUGCACAAGAAUCAUGACACCAUUCAAAUGCAAAAGCCCAGUUUACGUGUCCACUGUCAGCUUAAUGUAGGACUUAUGCUUCCAUACCACACCAGUUUAAUCUACGUGUUGGUUUUCUUCUCAGUGUCUGUUCUUUCAUGUAAUUAACCAUUUUAAGCCUUUACACAACAUCGGUACAGUGCCUUACAGUUCAGUAUGUACAGGUCUGGAUUCUACUCUCUUAAAUUUGAGCACAGGUCCCGUUAGACCAUCUAAGUCCAGGCUAAAACCAGGUUCUGGAAAGGGCUCAUCGUCAAUAGUUCCUGCAGUUCAGUUCUCAUCAGAUAUCCUGGUUUUGGGUCCAAAGCCUCACUUUAAUUAGAGCGAAAUUAAGAAACCGUAGCAGUCGGUCCGCCGGAGAGGCGAUUGGACUCUGCUGCGCUGGCUAAUCAGCCCAGGUGCUUAAAGAUCUGCUGCUCUCCGCAGUUGGGAACGAGACCGGGAGCUCACACCGGGAGCGCAGUUAUGAUUUUCGUUUUGUUUCGGUUUGAGCACUGAAGUCAAUUAAAGGAAUCCUCAGCUGGGAUGCUGGAGGAGCUGGACCUGGCCGGGAAGGCGGAUCAGCUACAGAACAGGGAUCUGAAAAGUUGCUGCUCUGUUUUACUUUCUUUUGUCUUUGUUAUUUUAGCUUGUUGUUUUCGUUUAUUGUUUUUGCUCGGAACACGUGAGGGGGAAGGGUGAAGUGGACGUUUAUUUUAUUUUUUGUUGAUGUGGGUGCGCUCUCUCUCUCCAUGUGACAGACAACGGUGUUGCCCGGUACUGCCGCAUCUCCCUCCCAGGGAUGUCACACUCGCGUGCGUCAGAAUCCUUUCUGUUUAUCCAAGUGCAGUGUUAAGUCUCGCACUGUCUGGCCUGUUUUUAAUAAACGCUCGAACCAAAAACAAAGGGACGCAACAUACGAAGCCCAAAAUCCCGUAUUUUAAUUAACACAGAGAAAACAAAUUAGCAUGACAAGAAAAAAAAAGAAAAGUAGCUAAAACACUUCCCCUGGCUGGACGGAGCACGCCCAGCAGCCCCUUCCCUCACCUGCAGGCCUGAGCUUCUUACCUGCCUACCGAAUGUGAAAAAGCCAAGGGGAGUGAGUAUUAUGGGACACUAGCUCACAUGUGCUUAUCUUCGUGUAGCUGAAAAAGUGCACUAGAAACGGAACAAAACGCCGUCUGCCGGAUAAGAACUUCUACUGAAGACAAACGAGGACAAACUGACAGGGUAGCGCUGACAGAGUCGAUGACCAUGGGAAAAACAGCGGCCUCCUUCCCACACACCGAAGAUCCUUAUCUGGGCUAGGCCGGUCUCUGUCUUCUUCGCUAAUUACCUACGUCUUUUGGAAAAAAAGGGAGAGAGAAAUUUCAGGACGUGAGAACAUAACUGGCAUCUUUCGGAUGAGACGUUAAACCAAGGUGCUGACUCACUGCGGUCAAAGACGCCAUGUGCACGUCCACACACACGCACACGCACGCACAAAUACACACACUACACUCACACACACAUUCUCAUACACAGCACACACUCAUUUUCUGCUUUUAUUUUGAUAUUAUUAUUGUUAUUAUUAGUGUUGUUAUUUUUAUUUUGUUACUAUUAGUUUGGCAUCACUUAUGUUUAUUUUCUGUAUGUGAAGUUUAUGUUCUUUAUAACAUUGUGGAAUUUUAACAUUAUUUAGGUGGAGGCUUCAACUAACCCCCUGGAUUUUCUGCCUCUCCCUGCGCUGUAUAUUAUUUGUUGCCUUCGUCAUUUUUGUGUAUUUUUUAAAUUGUGCCAAAAUAAUUAAACGAAACUAGCACUUGUAGCAAAGAGUAGGGGGUUCUCUCGAACUUUCCCACUUUUUUUUGUCACUUUCCCACUCAUCACUGUAAAGCACUUUGAGCAUUCGGAAAAGUCCUAUAUACUGUAAAUGCAAUAGUCGGUUGAUUCAUUCAUAAGAAAAAGUGAUGAUGAUAAUUGGCCGUUCAGCCCAAUUCAGCUUGUCUUUUAAAAAAAAAAAAGUUUUAUAAUAAAUGUUAAGAGAAACUAACUGACUAUAUAACCACCUCAACAAACCAUCAACACAAUGAUCAAACUAUAAAAAACCCCACCAAACAAUGAAUAAUAAAACCAAAAAAGCAAUAAAACUCAUAGCAACUGUAAAAUAAAUCAAAUAAGGAUAUAAAACUACAGCAUAUCCUGGGCUGUGUCGAGCCUGGCCUCGAGUACCAUCAGACUCUUUGCUUCAACAUGUUUUGGCAAACCGUUACAAGCAUUAGUCACUCAUUAAUGACCGUUUCAGUAAUUACCAUUUAAUUAAUAGUAAAUAAUCGCUGCUGUUAUUAAUGCUCUUUGAUAGAGUGGUAGUCGCGGGAGGGAGGAGAGGAGAGAACUAAAACUGUGAGAGGGAGGAGAUUUGAUGGCACUUUUAGGUUUGUUUUUAAAUAAGUCCUUUUCGUUUUUUUUUUUUUUAAUUGGAUUUUGUGAAUAAAAUUUUAUGAAUUGAA